AUGGAGCUGGGGAACAGCAAACCGCACGCCAGGCCAAUGCCCCCGGGCGCCAGGCGUCGAGGUGCCGAAAGGACGAUUGCCUCAGCUACGGGAUCGCCUCUACCCAACUCUCCGGCGCUCCCCUCGGUCUCUGAGACGGGCACUGGUGACGACUAUGUUGCUGCUAAGCAGCUGUCAAGCUCCAAGUCUCGUCAGCAGGUCGGACAGGAGAUCUCCAUCGAGGAUAUGGAGGCAGCUCUGGGCGGCGUGUCACGCGAAGAGCUUGUGUUGGCUUUGAAGAGGAGCAAAGAGUAUAUGGAUGCGGUGAGUAGUGGAAGGCUUGUGCGUGCGAAUCCAUGACAUAAAGUGUCUGACAUUCGCUGCGCGGCUGCGCGGCUGCUCACGCUCAGCUCGAUGCGAAGUGCGAGGCGCAGCAGCUCACCAUCGAGGAACAGCACGCUUCCAUUGAUGUUCUCAGCUCUUCGGUCUCUCUCGCAGAAGCCGAGUCUAGCUCGUUGCAAGGAGCUGUCAACGCCCGCGAGGAACGCAUCGACGAGCUGCUUGCCGGUCAAGAUCGGACAGAAGAAGAGCUCGACCAGCUGCACGCAAUGGUCGCGCGCCUAAGCAAGCAGGUUCAAGAAGCCGAGAAGCUUCGAAACGAUGCCGAAAGGCGUUACACCGAGCAAGUAAGUAUGUCUCGCUGGUGCAAACAAACACUUUGAAUUGCCUUUCGCAUGCGUCUUGCAUGACUUGGUAGCUGAUGCAAUGCUCCCUGUCGCGGGUGUCAUCGGUAUAGGUCACGACAUCGGACAAGGAGAGAGAAUUCUUUGCAGAUACCGAGAAUCUCUUAAGUCAGCAAAAAGCCAACACAGCAUCGGCAAAUGAACGCCUCAUGUCCGCCAAUGCGGAGCUGUUGCGCGAGAACGAGGUUCUACAAGCUAGAAUUGUGCAGAGCAAGUCCAACACUUUAGCGCCCGCGGAUCUCGAGUCCGAGGCUUCCCCUCCUUCUAAGCCAAACCCUGAAGUGACUUUGGCUGCCAGCAAGCGCGCUUUGGCCGACGAGAAAGCGACCAGCUCUUCGCUGCGUCAAGAGCGCGACGCGCUUCAAAAGAGCUACAACGGCCUAGUUGACACUUUGAAAACAGUGCAACAGGAGCUAGGAGACAUUCGUGAAGCGUACUCAGCUUUGCGGAAGGAGAGCUUAGGAUAUCUAGACAUGCUGGAGGAGAAGACUCUGAGCGGUGCUCUCAUCACGGAGAGUCGCGUUCUCAACCGUGCUUAUGGCACCAUGUCAAUCUCGGACGGCAGUAUCGAUAGCGAGGAUGAGAGCGAAGAUACGCAAGGCGACACAAGCGUUGCCACUACGCAAAUUAGUGACAAUACUAAUGGGGAUGUUGAGGAUGUGCCGCCUCCCAGGAAGCCAAGGCGAUCUGUUAGCAAGCGCUCUUCGGCCCUUCCUGACAGUCCGGGCGCUCAGCGCAGUAUACACGCCCCGACUACGCUUGAGAAUGAGCUCGCGGAAGUGGACGAAGCAGCAGAUCAACGAGAAUCAAAGCGGCGAGAGCUCAAGGAGAGACGAGACAGAGAAGGUGCUGGCGAGUCGAUGCCUACAGCGGUGCCUGGUGAGUAUAAGAUCAAGUUACGACACUGUCCGAGUGCGACUUUCUCAAUUGACGCGAUUGUACGAUUCUUCACAGACCUUCAAAGGGAGGUCAAGGAGCUUCGCGACGCAAACAAAGCUCUGACUCUGUACGUCUCCCGAAUUAUCGAUCGGAUUGUCACGCGUGCGCAAGGUUUCGAAGAUGUGCUCGCAAUCGACGACAGUUCCCAGGCGCGUGGUACAAGCAGUCGCUUGCGUGGACAACGCUCGAGACCACUUUUGGCCGUCAGUCCCCCACGCUCCGCUGGCGCAUCAAGCAGCCCCAGUCAGGCUCAGAAAGCGCAAGCUGCCGCGGACAAAGCAGCAGAGGAGGCCAAGAAAGCCAGGCGCGCUAGCGGUGGUCUCCUCGGGUUUGGUCGACUUGCUUCUGAUCCCGAUGUCAGCCCUAUCAAACAGACAGUCGGAGUCAGUUCUAGUCGACCGACGCCUCCCGCAAAGAACAGGCGGUCGGCUUCAAUUGACUGGAAGUCCUGGCUACCAGGCGCGGGCACUGCGCCGGAUCCUCGGGAGGCGCAAUUGCGUUCUUUGACACUGUCUCCGGCCAUGACUUCAACUUCGCGCGUCGUCUCUUCGGAGACUGAAGAAGGACGAGAAAAACUGCGUGCCCAUUUUGAGAUGCAAGGUCUCUCACCGAUGGAAAUUAGAGCUGCUUUGGGAGACGGUUCAGCCUCGGUGCCAAGCUCGACACCCCUGGCAGAGAAGCGUGCCAGCGUUGGUACUUUCUUGUCGCGCGUCAUGCCAUUUGCACAGCCUGGACCACCGCCACCUGCCACACCUUGA